AGCGUAUUGUUGGUUGGUCAAAAUUUCCCCGCGAAAUUUACGUCACAAGACAGUUUCGCGCCACCGUUCACAUCAGAAGGGGAACAGUGCGAACGUUUUGAGUCAAGAUGUCUUCACCAUCAUCCCAGAGCCGUAAGAGAGACCCCCCGACCCCUGCGAGCGAGGAUCCUCUCUCCCCUCCAUCACAGCGGUCGAGGGCUCAUGACACGUCCACAGAGCUUCAGCCCAUGCCCACGUCUCCAGCCAUGGACGUGUCGCUGUUCUCCAGCCCUAUGGCCCCACGCUCUGUCCUGCAGAGCGAGAUUGACGUGAGUUCUCCGCUGAUGUAUGGCACUCCCAGCUCCAGGGUGGAAGGAACGCCCCGCAGCGGCAUACGCGGGACCCCGGCGCGUCAGCGGGCCGACCUGGGAUCUGUCCGGAAAGCUCCACAGGUCGACAUGCAUUCGGAACCGCCGUCUGGAGACGCAGUGGCCGGCAGCGAGCAGGGUGCAGGACAGAGACUGGUGAUCUGGGGGACUGAUGUCAAUGUGGGAACCUGCAAGGAGAAGUUUCAGCGUUUCCUUCAGCAAUUCACAGACCCCAACUCCAGAGAGGAGGAGAACGCUGGUCUGGAUCUGAAUGAGCCUCUUUAUAUGCAGAAACUGGAUGAGAUCAGUGUUGUUGGAGAGCCGGUACUGAAUGUGAACUGUAGUCAUAUUCAGACAUUUGAUGCUGAUCUCUACCGUCAGCUGAUCUGUUAUCCACAGGAAGUCAUCCCCACUUUCGAUAUGGCCGUCAAUGAGCUCUUCUUCGAUCGUUUUCCAGACUCCAUUUUGGAGCAUCAGAUUCAAGUGCGUCCCUACAGCGCCCUGAAAACCAGAAACAUGCGUGCACUCAACCCUGAAGAUAUUGACCAGCUCAUCACUAUCAGUGGGAUGGUGAUCCGCACCUCUCAGCUGAUUCCUGAGAUGCAGGAGGCGUUCUUCCGCUGUCAGGUGUGUGCGUUUAACACGCGUGUGGAGGUGGACCGCGGCCGCAUCGCUGAACCUGCUGUCUGCCGCAACUGCAACACCACCCACAGCAUGGCGCUGGUGCAUAUUAAUAGUAUUUUUUUAUCUAAUUACUUUAUUAAGAGAAUUUUGAAUGAAAUAUUUUAAAAGCUUUGAUGUCAAUUGAAGUUUUUUUUUUAUGUAUUAUAAUAUAAUUGGUAUUGUGAAAAGUCUUAACCAGCAUGUCUGUUAUUCUCAUCAGGCAUUUACAGAGCCGCCCCCAUGCGCCUGAACCCACGACAGAGCCAGGUGAAGUCUGUGUACAAGACCCACAUCGACGUCAUCCACUUCCGGAAGACGGAUGAGAAGCGUCUUCACGGACUGGAUGAGGACGGCGAGCAGAAACUCUUCACCAAAGAACGGGUCACAAUGCUCAAAGAACUAGCGGCCAAACCGGACGUCUACGAUCGCUUGUCCUCCGCGCUGGCGCCCAGCAUCUAUGAACACGAGGACAUCAAGAAAGGCAUCCUGCUGCAGUUAUUUGGCGGGACCCGUAAGGACUUCACUCAGACGGGCCGCGGAAACUUCCGCGCAGAGAUCAACAUCCUGCUUUGUGGUGAUCCGGGUACCAGUAAAUCCCAGCUGCUGCAGUACGUGUAUAACCUGGUUCCUCGUGGGCAGUACACGUCUGGGAAAGGAUCCAGCGCUGUGGGUCUCACAGCGUACGUGAUGAAGGACCCGGAAACCCGACAGCUGGUUCUGCAGACGGGAGCGCUCGUGCUCAGCGACAACGGCAUCUGCUGCAUCGACGAGUUCGAUAAGAUGAGCGACAGCACGCGGUCUGUGCUGCAUGAGGUCAUGGAGCAGCAAACGCUCUCUAUUGCUAAGGCUGGAAUCAUUUGCCAGCUUAAUGCUCGGACCUCCGUUCUCGCUGCAGCCAAUCCGGUGGAGUCUCAGUGGAACCCCAAGAAGACCACUAUAGAAAACAUCCAGCUGCCUCACACGCUUCUGUCCAGGUUUGAUUUGAUCUUCCUGAUGCUGGACCCUCAGGAUGAGGCGUAUGACCGGCGUCUCGCGCAUCACCUCGUGGCUCUGUAUUAUCAGAGUGAAGAGCAGAUUGAAGAGGAGCAUCUGGACAUGGCCAUGUUGAAAGACUACAUCGCUUUCGCUCGCAUGUCUGUGCAUCCCAGACUCAGUGAGGAAGCUAGUCAGGCCCUUAUUGAGGCCUAUGUAGACAUGCGUAAGAUCGGCAGCGGCAGAGGGAUGGUGUCUGCGUACCCCCGUCAGCUGGAGUCUCUCAUCAGACUGGCUGAAGCUCACGCUAAAGUACGUUUCUCAAGCAAAGUCGAGUCCAUCGAUGUGGAGGAAGCCAAGAGACUGCACAGAGAAGCCCUGAAACAGUCCGCAACUGAUCCCAGGACAGGAUUCGUGGAUAUCUCCAUCCUCACCACAGGAAUGAGCGCUACAGCACGCAAGCGUAAGGAGGAAGUGGCUCAGGCUCUGAAGAAACUCAUCCAAUCAAAGGGCAAAACACUAGCUAUGAAGUACCAGCAGCUGUUUGAUGAUCUCCGUGGCCAGUCAGAAGCGGCCAUCACAAAGGACAUGUUCGAAGAGGCCCUCAGAGCACUUGCUGAUGAAGAUUAUCUGACCGUCACAGGAAAGACUGUUCGGCUUCUGUGAACGCUCGCUGUGCCUGACUGCUGCUUCCUCCCUUUUGUUACUUGCUUUAUCCUAUUCUCUGUUUCUAUAGAGCAAUUAUUGUUAAUAGUGAUAUGUAUGGACAAUUUCUGGUUGCAAUAAAUGAAUUUUGUUGUUCAAGAGAA